UUACACACAGUAUCAGGACGCAGUGAUUCCAUUAAACUUUUGCGGCCAAAUCAGCUGCAGACGGUAGAAUGUCUGCAAUGCUUGAUGGACAUUAUGGGAAAUCCAAACAAUAAAUCAGCUCUUGUGCUAAAAUGCAUCCAAGUCCUGUCUAAUUUGGCUAAAGAUAGUGAGCUCAGAAACAGUUUGCAGCAACAUUUUAUCUAGACCACACUCUGGCUGGUAACUUGAAGACUUUCGGUGGUUCCCCAGAUGAUCAGCUGAUCCAGGAGUGUCUUAAGUUGCUACAGACUGUGACAUAUGGACAUCGAAUCAGUUUCCAUGAGAGUUUUGUUGAAGAUCUGCUGAUGUAUCUGGUGAGACAAAUACUUGCUCCCACAAGUGAAGUGACACAGUCCUGCUUGGGAAUUCUAGCAAACCUUUGUCAUGACAACUUCCCAGUGCAAGCCAGAAUCAAAUCAAUGGAAAAUGCACGACGAUUAUUUAAGGCAAUUUGCCAGCAUUUCAAUGACCAAGAUUUGACCACUGUGAUAUUUGCUCUGUCAGCCUACACCAGCUUGUGUAUGAAUGAAGAAACUGGUGAUAAUGCAUUCUUCACCAAACAGAAUUUUAGGCAUGUGCUGCAGAUGGUGUUUAAUGUACUAGCCAACGUCAAGUCCUUGACCACACGCUGCUAUGCUGUUGACUUGGUGCAGGACCUGGUCAGAAAUCCUCAUCUCCAAGAAUGGUUUAAACAGUUUCCCAACCUUUCUGAAAACAUUCAGAAUGUGUUGAAAAUGAUUUCUUCUUCUUCCACACAAUCUGUGACAAAGGUUUUUGAGUUGCUGCUAUCUUUGUGCACUGUGGAUUCCCUACGGACCUGUAUCUGUCGUCUUCUCUUCAGUGUUUCUGUUCCCCCAGCAGAUCAGUUGAGUCAGCUUCUGAACAGUUUACCAGGACCAGAAUGCCCUCCCCUUGUAGCAGCUUUGUGCUGGGGGCUACAGCCUGUGGGAACCUCUAGCACAACAUCUUUAGUGGCUCUCGAUUUCUUGAGAGAAAUGUAUGAGGAACUGCUGUGUGGGGAAGAAAAUGACUUGCGAUCAGGCUGUGUUUUAUUUUUACCUGCACUUAUUCACAUUUUGAAAGAACCAUGGAGCAUAGACAUGCCUCGACUAAAGACAUCCUGUGCUCGCCUAUCCAGAACACUCAAGCUUAUCACAGUGCUGUGUUCAGAAGAUGAGAUAAAAGCAGCAGUGGCAGAGCUGGUAAAAACAGAAUAUUUCAUGGGGCAGCUUGACUUUCAAAUGGCAUAUAACAGAUUGCUUCUGAAUCAGUCUCUUGCUCAUAAGUUUGAUGCAAAUUUAAUGGAAGAUUGGGGGAGUGCAGGUGUGGAGACAGCUUUGCUAACCCUACAGCUGAUGUCCAAGAUACGGCGCUAUGUACAGAAUCUAGAUACUUGCUUCCUGUCUCUCCUUCAGGACAGUCGCAUAGUACCUUUUCUGGGAGGAUUGACAUCUACUGAUAGAGAUCUGGUGCAAAUUUCACUUAAGCUGAUAUGCCAGGCAUCCACUUUGGAAAACUUUCCUGAUGUCAUUCUUGGGGAUGCAGUGGCUGCUGCUAAUGCCAGAAAAGCUGGCUCUUCAAUACAGGCACAGAGCACUGAGGCACAGAAGCAGCUGAUGUUAAGCAAUAAUAAGGAGAAUAUGCCUUUACUGAGGAACACAAGUACUGGGGACAUGAGUCUGCAGUCUAUUUGCACUGAUGUAGAUACUUCCAUACAGUCACUUAUUGAAAAGAUGCAUUCUUCUAUCGAGCUGAAAGAUAUGAAGACUGCUGAUGUAAUUGACAUUUAUGAACAUCGCUUGCAGUCCCACCAGAUGAAGGAAGAUCAUCUACAGGACCUUUUGGAAGCCAAGUCACUAGCCUUGACCCAAGCUGAUCGCCUCAUUGCACAAUACCGCUCCCGUCAAGCUCGUCAUGGUGCUGAGGCCCACAAAAUGAGAUGUUUGUUUCAAGAAGCUGAAAGGAAAAAUGAUAGUCUAUUAAAGGAAAUGAACGAACUUAAGCUGGACAAGGACCGCCUAAAAAGUGACAUAGAUAUGCUUCGCCAUGAAAAGAACCAGUUAGAACUUCAAGCGCAGGAGCUUUGUGAGCUAAAAGUCACUCACACUGAACUAAAAGAAAGAUACUCUGAACUGGAGUUUCAUUUGACCAAAGUCCAGCAAGAACUGAAGACAACCCAGGAGAUGCACGAAAUUUUGCAGAAACACUAUGAGUCCCUCAAGCAUCAACAUGAUGUCACCAGUGAACAACUGAAAAAGUUAGAAGAAGAGAGCAAGCUCAUGUCACGGGAACUUAAGGACAAGGCAGCAAAACUUCAAGAGACCACUAAAGCACUGCAGACACUGAAUGAGAAACAUAGCCAGAUACUGAAGGACAAAGAAGAGGUUGAACAGGAAAAGGAGGAGCUGGAAAAGGCUACGGACACUCUCCGUGGAAAUAUUGCCAUCUUGGAGCAGACAAAAAGAGAGCUGUUGCAGAAGGUGAAGUCUCUGGAGCACAUUACUCAGGAACAGGAGAUUGUAGCAAAAGCCUACCAAGACAAAUUGCAGCACCUAGAGGCUGAAGUCAGUCAGCAUGCAGAGGUCGCUGCCCUCAUUAAUAAACUGACUUCUGGCCGUUCAGCCUCAGCUGCACCUCCAAAGAUGUGAUCUCUCUCAGCUGUGUUACUCUAAGCCAUGAAAACUGUGAAGAGUAUUUCUCAGGCACCUUUAUUUCAAAAGAACUGAUUGUGAAGGCUGACAGACUGAUCAAUACAGAAGUUUACUCUCUGUAAAGUCCUCUUCACAUGAACAGAAAAAAACAUGUCAAGAAUCUUUACAAAAGAUAUUAAUUGUAAUUUUAAAAACUGAACCAAGCUGUUAUGUGGAUAAUGAAAGGAACCCGGACACAUUUUUAUAAAACUUUAUGGUUUACAAGUCCAGCUUUUAUUUUUAAAUGGAAAGAAGAAAUGAAAGAAAACCACUUUCUCAAAAGAAAUAGGAAUGUGUACAUAGAACGUAAGAACUGGAUACUUGAGCAAUUGGUAGUUGCCUGUCACUUUGUCUUUAAUGUUAAUAUGUAUUUUUACACUGGUCUUCAGAAAUGUUCUUCCCUUCCAUUUUUCCUAGUCGUGAGGUGGGUUUAUGUGACACCUUGCCGUACAUACACAAGAAAUUGGAGAGGAUUAACCUUAACACAAGCGUGUUUGUUGUGUAACACUACCUAUGAAAAAGGUAACUACCGUUAGAAAAAGAAAACAUUUAUGAUAACACGCAAAGUUUAAAAGGUAACGGUGGACUUCUCAUAGAAUCUUCACGUAGAUGAAGUAACUGUACUCGAGACAGUUUGCUUAACCGAGUGAUAGAAACGGAUAAAACUGACGCAGAAGUCGAUCCUAACCCUUAAGUCCAAACCCCUGGGUUCAUUCUUGGGACUGGUGAGAAAGAAAUGCUCAGUAGACAUUGGCUUCUGGUUUCACUCCACAGAAAGGAGCUGGUGACUGCCCAAAUAGUGGCCUACUCACUGGCAGGCCUGUGCGCCCUCACGUGGUACCAAUGGUCUUGGUAGUCUGACGUGAGGGUCAUUAAGGCAUUUUGCUUUUGUUCCAAUGAUACUGUAAUAUUGCUGACAAAUUAUUACACACGUUAAAUUAAACAAGUACAUUUACAGUCAAAUACAUCACUAUUAACAUAUUGUAAACUAUUACAGCUGGUCACUACUGAUUGACGUGUGCUUCAGUACAACUGUUACUCUUGUUUUACAUAUUUCGAUUAUGUUGCUAAUAAAAGGAUUUAAUACAA